AUGGCACAACUCUCUCUUGAAAAAACAUUCCUUUUGGCCACAUGGGUAGAGGGUAUGAUUAUCAUUUCCGGGGUCAUGUUUUUCAUGGCUACAUUCCAUCUUGCUAUGAAUGGCUUCCGCCUCCUGCGAGGAUACGUAGACUACCGUCUCGAUCCCGGAGGCCCAGUUGGUUACAUUGGUAACCUUAGAAAGUGGGAUCAUAUUCUCAAAGAUACCAUCUACGCUACGCAAGAGAAUUUUGGAAGCGCGGCCGCUAUCUACAGGACAUGGGUCCUUUGGAGUUUCGACUGGAAGAUUAUCAUCUUGCCCACUAUACUCCUCAUGGUAAACAUCGGCGCUGGAUACGUCGUAUGUGGCACCUACAGUUCCGUCGACCCCACCGCCACCGUCUUCCUCCCGCGUCUGAACUCCUGGAUCAAAACGUUCUACUCCAUUGCGGUCGUCCUCAAUAUCAUGACCACCGGUCUCAUGAGUUGGCGGAUCUACAUCACGCACAGGCGAUCGGCCAACUAUCAUGUCGGACAAGGUAGAUUACUGUCAAUUUUGCGCAUCCUAGUCGAGUCUGCGGCGCUCCAGCUGAUCGUCGAGAUCGUGUUACUUGCACUUUACUGCAACAACAUUAAUGCGCAAUACAUUCUGUUGGAGAGUGUAACCCCCAUCGUGGCUAUCACGUUUAACACCAUCACGCUCCGCAUCAAGUUGCAGUCCCAUGCAGAUAGCCAGAAGUCCAUCGCGAGCGGUAUAAGCGGUCCCGUCCAGACUAUCGGUAGUAUGCCCAUGAAACGCAUCCAUGUGAAUAUCGACCGCGAGGUCGAUGAUGAUGGAGGAAGCUUCAACGUAGACAAACCAUAG